GACGAACGGAGACGGGCGACCGCUCGCGGAAGGAGUGGGGUCGCUCACGGGGUGUGAGAGGAACCAGGAAAGGGGAAAGGGAUGCUGCGUGUGUUGGCAUGGACCAGUGCGUCAACGGCUGUUGCCUCACACGAACCGCCGAAAUUAUAGUUAGUGGCCCCGACGGGUGUUCCGAGGAGAGACUACGACCGCGACUACUACCAAAACACGCCGACCUUCCGCGAGGAUUCCUUCGAUUCUUCGUUCCAACGCUUCGUUCCCCUUCGAAAGGAAAGGAAAGGAAAGGAAAGGAGUCGUAGACUCCUCCCGAAAUCAACAUCGAUCCCGAUUUGUGUUCGUUGCCCGCGAUCGAGGGCUGCUCCGGUCGGCGGUUCUUUGGUGGUGAAUUUUUUUUUUUUUUUUUUAUGGUGAAUCGAAUAAUAGCAGCAGCAACAGCAGCAGUAGUAGAGCGUGAACGAUGAUCGAGAAGAUUGUCGCGUCGCGGAGAUCGAAGAUUGGAUCGGUGCGAGAUUUCGGAGUUGCGGUGAAGCACAGUGCGUGGUCGUUGUCGAUGUAAGUCCGUCGGUUGCUACGUUUAGUGAGACGUGCGUGAGUGCGACUCUUGCGAAGUGGAGCUCGUCCUCGUCGAUUGGUAAGGCCGAGGGAUCGAGGAGGAGGCUGCUGUUGGAUCGCGCGUCGAUAGGCGUCGAGGGACGAAAGGAGAAAAAGAAGGAAGAAGAAAAGGAAAGAAGUUGCGUCGUCACGUCGAAGAAACGAUCGGUGGAAGAAAGAUACAACGCCCCUGUGAUUUUUCGUACCCCUCUGAUUCGCGAGUCGGGAAGAGAAUCGCGUGGACGAGGGAAGAAAUAGAAGGCGGCCUAGUUAUGUCGAGUGUGGAAGGCUGACCCCGAAGGAAAAAGGCGGAAGGGGAGGAGAAUUGAAGAUAGAUGGGAUGCCGGAGCAGUGAACCGAAUGGAAGGAUGUAUCAUCCGGCGUUGUGACUGCCUAUGGAUAUAUUCGGCCGUUGCAACGGCGGCGGUGGCGGAAGCAGCACGGUAUCCGGAAGCGGCGCUGGCUCGGUGAGGGGGUCCGGCAACGAGUCCAGCUGUGGAACGGCGAGCGGUGCCAGCGAGAGCGGCGGAACGAGCGACAGGAUGCAGUUGACAGGGGCCUCGGCUCCCGGCGUCGCCGCCUCGCCGGAGUCGGGCGUUUCUCCUUUGACCGACGCCUACACCAAGAUGACCAGCGACAUCCUCGCCGAGAGGACUCUCGGCGACUUUGUCAGCGAGCAUCCCGGAGAACUCGUGCGGACAGGCUCCCCGCACCUGGUGUGCACCGUUUUACCGGCCCAUUGGAGGUCGAACAAGACCCUCCCGGUCGCGUUCAAGGUGGUCGCUCUCGGCGAGGUCGGGGACGGCACGCUGGUCACCGUUCGCGCGGGCAACGACGAGAAUUGCUGCGCCGAGUUGAGGAACUCGACCGCCCUCAUGAAGAACCAGGUGGCCAAGUUCAACGAUCUGAGGUUCGUCGGGAGAAGCGGGAGAGGGAAGAGCUUCACGCUGACGAUUACCGUGUCCACGACCCCGCCGCAAGUCGCCACGUACACCAAGGCCAUUAAAGUAACCGUGGACGGGCCGCGAGAACCGCGAUCCAAGACCAGUGAGUAUCACUUGUUGUCUCUUUUAGGGCAGCAGCAGCAGUUCCACGCGUUCGCGUUCGCCUCGCAGAGGGGCGGCCCGUUUUUCGCCUCGCCGCUGGUGGAUCCUUUGCAACCGUUGCCGAAUCCCCUUCAGCCGCUACCGAACCCGCUCCAGCCGCGGGAUCCGCUCUCCUCCUUCAGGCACGCGAUGCCGGCCAACUGUCAAAACAUGUCCCAGUUCGGUCUUACUGCGAGCAAUUCAUGGGGAUACGGGAGCACGGCCGGCUACGCUGGUUACCUUCCCGGCCCUUUGUCGUCGUGCGCGGCACAAGCGUCGUUCCCACCCCCGCCACCGCCACCUCCGCCACCACCCCCGUCGUCCUCCUCGUUGGCGUCUUUCGCGGGCGCCGCGUCUAUGAACACGCCAACGGCGCCCGAUUCCACGGCGGGAUCCACCGUCACUUCCGGUACCGGUGCAGGAUCCACGGCACAGCAGGAUGCGUUCUCAGCGGUGUCAUCCCUGGUCCCAGACUCGACGACGACGGGCCAGUCCGACCCGCUCGACCCGUUGAGCAGCCUGAUGUCGGGCACGCCGAGUCAGAGGUACCAGGACUACGUGUCGCCCAGAUCCCUGUCCACGGACUCGAGCACGACGGAGAGCCCCGUUCACGAGGAGCAAGGAUUCGGGCAGAAUUACGGCAACUACUUCCCGACGCCCGGCGUCCUGCCCAGCAUCCUUUACUCCCAGUUGUACGGGAACCAGUUCCAGAAUUCGGAGAGCCCCGAGCAGAGAGCGGUGGCGGACAGUUGCAGCGUGAGGCAGGAGGAAGUGAGACCGGACAACAACGUGUGGAGGCCUUAUUAAGAUCCAAGAGAAGAAGAACUCGUUUGUUGUGAGGUCGUGAGUUGGGAGAAUUUUUCGCGAGGGGAAAAAAAAAAAAUAAUAUCUCGUGGAUAACGAUAUAUUAUUGGAUCGCUUGGGGAGAGCGAACUGUGAUCGGCGGUGUGGUGACUCGAGGUGUGUUGUUGUUCGAACGGAGGGAAAAGGAGAAAAAAAAAAGAAAAGAGAGAACUAGUUACUAGUGGGCAUUAAAAACAGAACGGGGAAAAAAGGAGAAAAAAAGAAAAAGCGCGUGCGCGUUCGAAGAACUCGUCGCGCGAUCGGAUGAUGAUUUUGUUUGUCCUUUUUUUUUUCGCUGAAUCGUGUCUCGACGAUUGAAUCUCCGAGGAGGGAGAGGCGAGUUUGUAAUUAACCGAGUGUGCCCGAUGUGUGAACGAGUGAACGUUGGCUUGCUUGCUUGCUUGCUUGUUGGCCCCCCCACGGUGAUGGUGACGAUGAUGAUGAUGUAUAUAGAGAAACACUGUACAUAGAUAGAGCAUUGUCGUUUCAUCGAGUCAUUCAUCACUGUCGUCGGACGUGUGUGAGACGACUUGUGUCGACGGGUUGCGUCUCGGAGGAUGGCUGGUCGAGCCGAUUUCGUAGAUAUCCCGCUGUGCGUCCCGCUUGUCGCUCGAGUAUAUCUCUAUUUUCUUCUUUUUUUUCUUUUUUUCUUUUUCCAAACCCAAUUCUCGCGUUUUCUUUCUUUCUUUUUUUUUCUACUUAAGUAACGAUAACAAGGCGAUCAAAGUUCCAGAGAAUUGAAUAAAUUAAUUGUGCGAGUGUCUCGAGAGGAGAUGAAGAUUUUUCUCAAGGGAUCUCGACCAGUCAUCGAGCGCACCCGCUAAUAACGCAACGUCUUCUUAUUUCUUUACGAUUACGUUUCUUUCGUGAUUAGGAUUAACGCGAUUUUUUGAUCGAUUUUUGAAUGCGGGCUCGUGUGCAAUAUCGCCGAUCGCGAUUCUCGCGAGUUGGGAAAAACCGUGGGAACGAGAAUCGCGCGUCGGUCGAAUCGAGAGACGAAAAAUACAGCGGUGAAAUCGGAUCGAAGGGGGGAAAUAAUCUUCUUCGUCCGCGAUUUCUCAGAGAAAGAGCGAGAAAAAAAAAAUUUCGUCGCUUUCGCAUCGAAAUUCUGGAAGCGAAAUGAAAAAAGAAAAAAGGAAGAAAAAAAAAACGAGAGAACUCGCGCCACAAUCUUCGAACGGAUAUUGCGUCGCGAUACAUGCCGAUCGAUCGAAACGGUCGAUGACGAUUUAUUCGUUUUUUUCUUCGAACUAACGACGUCUACAUUCUGCCCCUUCCACUCGAAAGAACGAUGAUUUCAGAUAUACAUAUCUACCGACCUAUUGUUAUCGUAGUUUUUGACCGAGUCGAAAUAAAAAUGUAUUUCAAAAUA